UUUAACACUCCACUUAAAUGGAAUAUUUAACUUCUAUAUUCCAGGUUCCCUCAAUAGCCCAAAGAAUCAAGAAUUACCCUCCUCCCUAUAUUACAGCCAAACUAACUCCCUCUGCUUCUGCCUUAGCCUUUGCACAAAUCCAUUUUCAUUCUCUAAAGAGUAGCAGCAUCCAACAUGUACCCUCCUGCUUUGUUAACCCCAGCACCGAAUCAUCUAUUGGUUCCAAAGCUUCAUAAAGGCAGGGAGCUGGCAACGAUGACACAGGACAUGAAGGCCAGAGGUGAGGUUUAUUAUGGGGAUGAGACUUGUAGAGAGAAGCUCAUAUUUCUGCUGAAAGAAAUAGGCCUGCCAAAUGGUCUGUUAACAGUUAAGGAGAUAGAAGAAUUUGGAUACGUCAAGGACACUGGCUUUGUAUGGCUUAGGCAUAAGAAGAAGAGAGAUUAUCACAAGUUUGAGAAGGUAGUUAUCAGUUAUGAUACUGAAGUCACAGCCUAUUUUGAACACAAGAAGAUCAAGAAUCUGACUGGUGUUAAGGCUAAGGACUUCUUGAUUUGGAUUACUUUGAGCGAGAUUUGUGUCAAAGACAAGAGUUGUGCUGCUGCUGCUUGUAUUACGUUCAAGACUCCAGCAGGUUUGUCAAAAUCUUUCCCGUUAUCAGUGUUCAAAUUAGAAGCCAUUGUGUCUCAAAGGGAGACGAACGAAGUUGACGAAGGGAAGUAAAAAUGGUGAAAAGUUGUAGAUAAAAUAAAAUAAAAUGUCAGUAAUCCAUUUGAAGGUUGCAGCUAUCAUACUCUUCGAUAAAUUACCAGUGUAUUUAUGCUGGAGCAUAGACUAAUGGAUAAAUGAAAAUACACCAUUUUUAACAAAGGUUAAUAAAUUUGUUAGGUUCAGGUAAAAGGGAAGGAUAGAGA